ACCCCCUCACCCUCUCUCUUCCAUUAUCUUCCGCCUUUCUCGAACAUUACCUGAGUAGGUUGUUUCAGUGUUCAGUUAUCCACUAGCCCACUCCCCAUCUCAACUCUAGAACUAUAAUCUACCAUGUCGCUCGCAUCUGGUGUUUCCAUCACGGAUGAGUGCAUCACUGCAUUCAACGACUUCCGCAUGAGCGGAGGUGCCAAGGGAAACAAGACCAAGUUCAUCAUCUUCAAGAUCGCCGACAACAAGAAGGAAGUCGUCGUCGACGAGGCCUCCCAGGACGAGGACUACGAGGUCUUCCGUAGCAAGCUCGAAGCCGCUAAGGACAGCAACGGUCGGCCCGCUCCUCGUUACGCCGUCUACGAUGUGGAAUACGACCUCGGCGGUGGUGAGGGCAAGAGAAGCAAGAUCAUCUUCAUCUCUUGGGUCCCCAGUGAAACCCCCACUCUCUGGUCUAUGAUUUACGCCAGCACCCGUGAAAACUUGAAGAACGCCCUCAACAUCCACACCUCCAUCCACGCUGACGACAAGUCCGACAUUGAGUGGAAGACCGUCCUGGCCGAGGCCAGCGGUGGCAAGGCUGGCAAAUAAAUGACGGUGCCGGCUGGGUCCGGGCCAGGGUAAGUAUGCUGGUUGUUGCAUCGCAACGCAUCAUCUCGAAUCGCGGCGGAACCAGGAAUGAAGCAGCUCUCUCCGAGUCUCCCUGCACAAAUCUAGUUCAAUAUGAGAUCGUUACGACCUGACCCUGCUUUGUUCUCUUUCCUAUGCAUAGUUACCGUAUAAUCCUCCAAGCGAUUCUGGCACACUCUGGGGUUGACCGGCUGGGUAGGAUUCGUGCUUGUUUGUUCAGCGUUCGCGUGUACAGAAUAUGUUGCUGUUGGUCGACAUGGAAAAGGACUGAUGCAGUGUGUAUGAAGUAAAUAUGCGGAACUACAUCCGGGUCAUCGAGAUUCGGAGAUCGUGCUCUCUCCCUCCUC